UGCAUUAGGUUAAUUUUUCUUUAUGAGGAAGACAAAGUGUACUUAAUAUGUGAGGGUUUUGUAGGGGGAUAUACACAAUGGGUUUGUCAUGGAAAAGAAAAUGUACCAUCUUCUUCUCAAUGCCAUUCCAAGUUCCAAUGUCUUCUUCCUUAAGCCAUACCCUUAAUGUUCAACAAGUUUAACAAGUUCAAGCUGAUACUUAUGCAAACACAAGGGGGUUGGGUAACAUGUGAGUAUUACUACAUGUUGUGAUGGGUAUGGUUGGUGGUCAAUUAGGUGGUGAUAAAUAGGUUGUCAAGAGUCCUAAAAAUCUUUUGAUCCUUAAGAUUCUGAUGAAGAGGUAGACAAACAAUAAGAAGGGUCUACUGGGAAAACAAGAAAUUUUUUAACUUGUGGCUGAUAAAUAAUUAUUUCACAAGACAUUCUUGAAGCUGUCCUUUUUAGUCUGUGAAGCACGGACACAUGGCCACUCCCUCUGUGCCAGUGUUUGACAUGGAUAUGUUGCCGACAUAACGGAAUACAUACGGGACACACCAGGACACGGGAAAAAAAUAAAAACCAAGUUGGACACGGUUCUAACACGGUCAAGAUACAUCUAGCCACGGGAUUAGCAACAAAAAAGGAUAAAAAUUGAUAGAAGCUGUGAGUCUUUUUUAGUAGAUCUAGGCUUUUCUAGUUGUUUUUUGAAAAUCUAGCUGAAUGGAAAGAAAGAUAAGGGUAAGACAAUUUUUUUAGUAAUUUUUAAGGAAAUUUUCAAUGUCAGUGAGUGGUGGCAACAAUGGCGGCCGGAAUUUGGGUAAGGGCAAGAGAAAGAAACAGGGAUGGAAAGAAGAAGAAAUAAGAAGAAAGGAAAGAAAAAAGAGAAGAAAAAGGAGGAAUGAGAAGAAGAAAAGGUGGCAUUGGACAAAUACAAGAUUAAUUAUCUAAAAAAAGGGCAGGAAACAGUUUCAAAAAGAAAAAGGGAAGAUUGAUGAUGAUUUGUCUGCAGAUCCCUGAUCUGGAUUGAAGUCAAAACUCCUCUGGCAAUCUUCACUCUCCUCAAGUUUGGAUUUUGCUCCUUCAACUGAUACCGAGAUGAAAGAAAGGUCAAAAUCUUCUUCUGUAAGCAAUCUUCCACUCAUCCUGGACAUUGAUGACUUUAAGGGUGAAUUUUCAUUUGAUGCAUUAUUUGGGAACUUGGUUAAUGAGCUCCUGCCGUCUUUCCAAGAAGAAGAAGCAGAUUCAGCUGAUGGCCACGGCAUUGGUGGGACUGAUGUUCUGCCAAAUGGACAUGUCCGUGCCCCUUCUGAUGCAACAAAAUUCGCACAAGGACUCUCUGCCCCUCUAUUUCCAGAAGUAGAUGCUCUAUUAUCUCUGUUCAAGGAUUCUUGUAAAGAGUUGGUUGACCUUCGCAAGCAGAUUGACGGUAGACUCUACAAUCUCAAGGAAGAGGUUUCUACUCAAGAUGCUAAGCACCGUAAGACACUAACUGAGCUGGAAAAAGGUGUAGAUGGCUUGUUCGACAGCUUUGCAAGAUUGGAUUCACGUAUUUCAAGUGUUGGGCAGACUGCUGCAAAAAUAGGAGAUCAUUUGCAGAGUGCAGAUGCUCAGCGUGAAACUGCUAGUCAAACUAUAGAGCUCAUAAAGUACUUGAUGGAGUUUAAUAGCAGCCCAGGCGAUCUAAUGGAACUUUCACCUCUAUUUUCUGAUGACAGCCGUGUCGCUGAGGCUGCUUCAAUUGCACAGAAAUUGCGAUCAUUUGCUGAAGAGGAUAUUGCAAGAGCUGUGCCAUCUGUUGUGGGAAGUGCAACUGCCAGCAGGGGAUUGGAAGUUGCAGUUGCUAAUCUUCAGGAGUACUGCAAUGAACUGGAGAACAGAUUGUUGGCUCGGUUUGAUGCUGCAUCACAGAGAAGAGAAUUGUCUACCAUGUCCGAAUGUGCUAAAAUUUUAUCUCAGUUUAACAGGGGCACCAGUGCCAUGCAACAUUAUGUGGCAACCCGUCCAAUGUUCAUUGAUGUGGAAGUGAUGAAUUCGGACACCAGAUUAGUUCUUGGCAACCAGGGUUCUCAAGCUAGUCCUAGCAAUGUUGCACGUGGGCUUUCUUCAUUAUACAAAGAAAUUACAGAUACUGUACGCAAAGAAGCAGCGACAAUUAUGGCAGUAUUCCCUUCUCCUAAUGAUGUUAUGUCAAUUUUAGUUCAGCGAGUUUUGGAGCAGCGAGUUACUGCACUUCUGGACAAAUUAUUAGUGAAGCCAUCUCUUGUGAAUCCUCCUCCCAUGGAGGAAGGUGGACUUUUAUUGUAUCUGAGAAUGCUAGCUGUGGCAUACGAGAAGACCCAAGAACUUGCUAGAGACCUGCGAGCUGUUGGAUGUGGUGAUUCGGAUGUUGAAGGUCUCACAGAGUCUCUGUUUUCUGCUCACAAGGAUGAAUAUCCUGAACAUGAGCAAGCCUCUCUUGGGCAACUGUAUCAAGCAAAGUUGGAAGAACUGCGUGCUGAAAGCCAGAAAGUUUCUGAGUCAAGUGGAACAAUAGGGCGCUCUAAAGGGGCUUCAGUGGCUUCUUCCUAUCAGCAGAUAUCUGUUGCAGUUGUGACAGAGUUUGUACGGUGGAAUGAAGAAGCAAUAUCUAGAUGCACUUUGUUUUCUUCUCAGCCUGCUACACUUGCAGCUAAUGUAAAAUCAGUCUUCACUUGCCUACUUGGCCAAGUCAGCCAAUAUAUAACAGAUGGACUUGAACGGGCUAGAGAUAGCUUGACUGAAGCUGCAGGCUUGAGGGAAAGGUUUGUGCUAGGUACAAGUGUUAGUAGAAGGGUGGCUGCGGCAGCUGCUUCUGCGGCAGAAGCCGCUGCGGCUGCUGGUGAAAGCAGUUUCAGAUCUUUCAUGGUUGCUGUACAACGUUGUGGCAGUAGUGUGGCCAUAGUUCAGCAAUACUUUGCAAAUUCUAUAUCUCGGCUUUUAUUGCCUGUUGAUGGUGCUCAUGCUGCUUCUUGCGAAGAAAUGGCAACAGCAAUGUCUACUGCAGAGGGUGCUGCCUAUAAAGGGCUGCAGCAAUGCAUUGAAACUGUGAUGGCUGAGGUUGAACGAUUAUUAUCAGCUGAACAAAAGGCAACAGAUUACCGCUCACCUGAUGAUGGAAUGGCUCCUGAUCAUCGUCCCACUAAUGCCUGCACAAGAGUCGUUGCUUAUCUUUCCCGUGUCCUUGAGGCUGCGUUCACUGCACUAGAGGGUCUUAACAAACAAGCAUUCCUCACUGAACUGGGAAAUCGCUUGCACAAAGGACUACUUAAUCAUUGGCAGAAGUUCACUUUUAAUCCGAGUGGAGGACUACGACUGAAGCGUGAUAUAACUGAGUAUGGAGAAUUUGUGCGCAGUUUUAAUGCACCUUCUGUUGAUGAGAAAUUUGAACUACUUGGCAUCUUGGCCAAUGUCUUUAUUGUUGCUCCUGAAAGUCUCUCCACUUUGUUUGAGGGUACCCCUAGCAUCCGGAAAGAUGCACAAAGGUUCAUUCAGCUUAGAGAAGACUACAAGAGUGCGAAACUUGCAUCGAGGCUUAGCUCUUUAUGGUCCAGUUCUAGUUGAUUUAGAGUUGGAUGUUGAUAUACAGAUAGCUGUCUAGUCUUGGGCAUCUAUCUCAAGCAUUUUCCCUGGUGACCAACGCCUGGAGUUGCCUGGUUUCGAGGCAACAAUACCAAGUCUAGAGCUGGUUCGAGAUUAAGUUUAUUGUGAGGAUAAUGAGCUCAUCAUUGAACAGACAAUCGAGUACAUUAGAUUUUUUCCCUAAUUCUAUUUUAUUUUCAUUUCUUGUUCAUAUUCUUUUCUGAGUGUUUUUUUAAAAUACGUAAGAGAAGACACAAUAGUUCCUGUUAUGCUAGGAUCAAUGCUUUGAUAAACGGAUCAGUGAUCAAUGUUUUAAAAACCGGAUCGGUGAUUGUACCAAUCGUAAGUUCUUGCUUCUGGGCUUAAUUUGUUCAAUCGGUUCAGUCGGGAAUUGAUAGGUCUAAAACCUCUUCCAGCUUGAUCACUUUUUCUGUCGUUUUUUUUUCGGUUCAAUGAUUCAACCGGUUGGUCCGGUUCGGUUCAGACACAUUGGUAGGGAUUUCAUGUAAUACGAUUGUUUUAGCUUGUCACUUUUACUGUUUACGAAGCAAAGAUCCGGUGUUGUUAGGGCUGUAAAUGAAUUGAAUGAACGAAUGAAAGAACAUAAGUUUGUGAUUUAUUCAUUUAA